AUGUUACCCCCUCCCCAUGUGGUACCUGGUGUGGGUGGCAGCCAGGGGCUCCUGGGGCCAGUCACAGGCCCCCUGUCAGAGCUCCAGAUCAGCUAUGUCUGCAGGGAAGUGCUCCAGGGACUGGCCUAUCUACACUCACAGAAGAAGAUACACCGGGACAUCAAGGGAGCCAACAUCCCCAUCAAGGACCCUGGGGAGGUCAGACUGGCUGACUUUGGUAUAUCGGCCCAGAUCGGGGACACACUGGCUCGAUGCCUCUGAUUCAUUGGGACACCCUACUGGAUGGCUGCGGAAGUGGCGGCCGUGGCCCUGAAGGGGGGAUACAACGAGCUGUGUGAUAUCUGGUCACUGGGCAUCACAGCCAUUGAAUUAGCCGAGCUACAGCCAACCCUCUUUGACGUUCACACUCUCAGAGUUCUCUUCCUCAUGAACAAGAGUGGCUAUCAGCCUCCUCGGCUAAAGGAAAAAGGCAAAUGGUCGGCUGCCUUCCACAUCUUCGUCAAAGUCGCCCUCAACAAGAGCGCCAAGAAACGACCUGGCACCACCAAGAUGCUCAGUCAUCAACUGGUGUCCCAGCCCGGGCUAAACAGAGGCCUGAUCCUAGAGCUUCUUGACAAACUGAGGAACCCAGGGAAGGGGGCAGCUGUUGGCGAGAUUGAAGAUGAGGAGCCUGAGCUACCCCCCGCCAUCCCUCGGCGGAUCCGAUCCACCCAUCGAUCCAGCUCUGUGGGGAUCCCAGAUGCGGACUGCUGUCGGCGGCACAUGGAGUUCAGGAAGCCUCGAGGCAUGUAGUCCAGACCCACAGCUGACACGGCUCGCUUACAACCACCUGGAGGCUUCAAGAGCAGCAGUCCUAGGUCAGGGACCCUCAGAAACCUGUCAGAGUCCGAAAAUGACUACGGUAACGUGGACAUCCCCUCCCUCGCAGAAGACAUACCUCCUCCUCUACUCCCCAAGGUAAGGUUCUGGAUCCGUUCUCCAUCGGACGAGGGUCCUGGGGGGACUGCGGAUGAGGGGCAGCUGAGCCCAGUGGUAUUGGUCCGCUGUGCCAGUGUGCCUCCCCCUGGCACCACCCACAUUGUGCCUCCCCCACCCACCCGAAACCGCCACGUAACCGCUCACUCAGAAUCUUCACUGUGGAACCGCCCUCGGGAACAUGACCAGCUCCCGCUUUUGCCCUCCAAGGAGGAAUAGAUGAAGAGAAAGGGAUGUGCCCUUCUCCUAAAGUUGUUCAAUGGCUGCCCUCUCUGGAUCCACAGCACGGCAGCCUCGAAACACCCCUCCAACAAAGACCAGCACUUACUCCUGGGAGCUGAGGAAGGCAUUUUCAUUCUGAACCGAAAUGAUCAGGGGGCCACGCUGGAGAUGGUGAGGGCCAGCCGGACUACCCGGGUGUACUCCAUCAACAAUGUCCUCAUGUCUCUCUCAGGAAAGACCCCCCACCUGUAUUCUCAUAGCAUCCUGGGCCUGCUGGAAUGGAAAGAGGCCAGAGCAGGAAGCCCCAUUGCUCACAUCAGUCCCCACCGGCUCCUAGCAAGGAAGAACAUGGUCUCCACUAAGUUCCGGGAUACCAAAGGUUGCCGGGCGUGCUGUGUGGGGGAGAGAGAAUCUCCGGAGGGCGCUAGCUCCGGGGGCCCGUUCCUGUGUGGGGCAUUGGAGACAUCCGUGGUCCUGCUUCAGUGGCAGCAGCCCAUGAACAAGUUCCUGCUUCUCCGGCAGGUGCUCUUCCCGCUACACACGCCUCUGCCCGUGUUCUCACUGCUGACCGGGCCAGGCUCCGAGCUGCCCGCCGUGUGCAUCGGCGUGAGCCCCGGGCAGCCGGCGGAGUCGGUGUUCUUCCACACCGUGCGCUUCGGCGCGCUCUCCUGCUGGCGGGGCGAGAUGAGCGCAGAGCACAAGGGACCAGUACAAGUGACUCAGGUCGAGGAAGACAAGGUGAUGGUCACUUCUGGAUUUCGGAUGUUCACAGGCCCCCUGUCAGAGCUCCAGAUCAGCUAUGUCUGCAGGGAAGUGCUCCAGGGAGCCAACAUCCCCAUCAAGGACCCUGGGGAGGUCAGACUGGGUGAGUGUGGCUGGAUGGCUGCGGAAGUGGCGGCCGUGGCCCUGAAGGGGGGAUACAACGAGCUGUGUGAUAUCUGGUCACUGGGCAUCACAGCCAUUGAAUUAGCCGAGCUACAGCCAACCCUCUUUGACGUUCACACUCUCAGGUCGGCUGCCUUCCACAUCUUCGUCAAAGUCGCCCUCAACAAGAGCGCCAAGAAACGACCUGGCACCACCAAGAUGCUCAGUCAUCAACUGGUGUCCCAGCCCGGGCUAAACAGAGGCCUGAUCCUAGAGCUUCUUGACAAACUGAGGAACCCAGGGAAGGGGGCAGCUGUUGGCGAGAUUGAAGAUGAGGAGCCUGAGCUACCCCCCGCCAUCCCUCGGCGGAUCCGAUCCACCCAUCGAUCCAGCUCUGUGGGGAUCCCAGAUGCGGACUGCUGUCGAAACCUGUCAGAGUCCGAAAAUGACUACGCUCUUUCUAGCCGGACUACCCGGGUGUACUCCAUCAACAAUGUCCUCAUGUCUCUCUCAGCGGAGGGCGCUAGCUCCGGGGGCCCGUUCCUGUGUGGGGCAUUGGAGACAUCCGUGGUCCUGCUUCAGUGGCAGCAGCCCAUGAACAAGUUCCUGCUUCUCCGGGUAGGGGGCCUGUAA